AUGUUCCAGCCAAUAAUCUCGGGGAUCUUCAAUGGAAUCGGAGGACUUCUAGGAUCAGGAGUCGGUCAACCCCCUCCACUACCACCACCACUCCCACCUCCACCUCCACCAGCACCUCCACAGAUUAUCCAUCCCCCAAAUAAACCUAAUGAAAUCAUCUACAUCACUCAAGCACCGUAUCCACCUGCAACUAGAGCACCGGAGACUCUUACCACUUAUGGAAUCGUUGGAAUCGUUUUUUGUUUGGUCAUUUUGAUGUGUUGUGUUGCUGCUGGAAUUGGAUUCUAUUGUUGGCAGACUCAGAAGUCGGAAGCGAAGAAAAGAGCAAAUGAAGCAGCGAGAGAUCGGGAUAUGGAGAUGGGUGGAGGUGGAAGAAGGGGAAGACGAGGUGGAGGAUAUCCUUCUGAAACUACUGGAACUACUGGAAGGACCAAGACCAAGAGACACAAAAGAAGAUGA